AUGAUGACGAUGAUGAUGGUGAUGUGCGUGAUGCUUCUUCUUCGAUUGGCUGCUGCUGCUGCUGCUGCCGCUACCCCCAGCAGAAGGCGCAGCAGCAGCUGCAGCAGGAGCAGCAGCAGCAGCCACCGCGAGCCGCGUGCGAAAUCGCGUAUCGUGUCGUGUGCUUGUGUGCGCGCGCCGCCAACAGCGCAGCAGCAGCAGCAGCAGCGGCAGCAGCAGCAGCAGCGGCAGCAGCAGCAGCAGCGGCAGCAGCAGCAGCAGCGGCAGCAGCAGCAGCAGCAGCGGCAGCAGCAGCAGCAGCGGCAGCAGCAGCAGCAGCGGCAGCAGCAGCAGCAGCGGCAGCAGCAGCAGCAGCGGCAGCAGCAGCAGCAGCGGCAGCAGCAGCAGGCUGGGGGUGCUGUGGCGGUGCUAGUGCCGUUGCUGCUCUGUACCGAUGUUCCUCCUCCAUCCUGCAACAGACUCCGCUCCUCUUGCGAACUACUUGUUGCUCUUGUGCUGCAGCCGUGGGUCACGUGCACCGCGCAGCAGCUGCUGUCCCUCAUCUACCCGUUAGUAUGCAGCCGCAGCUUCUCUGCUAAACUCGCUUGCUGUGCAGGUUCUUUUUCUCAGGAUGAACGCUGCAAGGACGGAGCUUCUGCUGUGGUGCAUUGCAGCCAUUACCACGGGAACAGGGACGCUUUCUGCUGCCGUUGUAAUAGGUUAUACUGGCAUCAUCGCCUCGCCUGCUUCCACCUCGCCAGCAGCUUCGCUACUCGUUUCGCCGGGUUCCUCUUCACCCUUGUCAUCGACGGCGUCGUCUCACUUGCCCUUAUUCAAUCCCUCUCCCGUAUGUCUCCCCUUUUGUUGUGGCUCUGCUCUGGCUCCUUCCACCUCGUCUUGUGUUGCCUCGUCCCCCUCGGGUCGCCUCCAGCCAUCUUCGUCGCUUCGGUCGCUGCUCACUCCUGGCGGCGUUCGGCAGAUGCGCACGCAAAGCAGUCUGACGAACUCAAGGAGAAGAUGAGAUAUAUUGCUGCGUUAGUACAGUCUACUCCAGUAGUGCUUUUUAUGAAAGGCACGCCCGCGAAUCCUGCAUGUGGUUUCAGCCGCAUGACGUACGAGCUACUGGCGCUGGCUGCCUGUAAUCUUAAUAAGAGCAACUUGCAACCACCCGAAGAAAACGCGGAAAACGAGUCUGCUCCGAGAACACCUGCGGCUGCGCUGCCAGCGCCGCAGUCCCCUCCUCCUGAUUCCUUGCUGUCUGAUCCCGCAUUCUUCCGCUUCGUCGACGUGUUGGAGGACGACCUCAUUCGAGAAGGGGUCAAAGUGCAAUUCAGAAUGGCCUACAAUCCCUCAGGCUGUAUAUCAGUGGACAAUUCGUGGGGGGGGCGGAUAUCACAGCAGCAAUGUAUAGAGAUAAAUCCCUACACAAAGCACUCAGGAAAGCACGCGCAGCGGCGUACAGCGAGUCACAUUCGGAAUCGUGAUUGCGCCUGGCAUUAUUGUGGCAUUGUGCCCGUCUUCAGUAGAGGGCGGUAG